AUGGCAGGCCGGAGCACGCGCUACGAGCCUCUCGACGUGGACGAAGGUGGUGUGCACCAUCGCCGACCGUCACCGCAAAAGUCUGUGUUUCUAGCGCCGCGGACAAGGAACGAUUGGGUUUUCGUUGCGGCCAAUGCGGGUUUGUUCUUGAUUACGGUAGUGUUAUGGCUGUCGGGGUCCAAGAGUGUGUCGUCGAAACUAGAGUGUGCCAAAGUCGCGUCUUCUUAUUCACCUGCGCUUUCAUCAUUGAGUUUCUGGGAAGGAAAUUUUGAAAAUGAGUUUCAGCGAAAAAGCAUCUAUCGUGGUCCGCCAACGAUGGAGUUGGAGCAAGCGUGGGACAAACUGUGGCAUCAUCAAGGUGUUGGAGUGCCAAAGGAAGGUCUAGUUGCUCUAAAUAAGACCAAUGGCAAGUAUCUGCAAACCAACAGAAGCACGGCGGCAAAGCCAGAGUACUAUGCUUUGGUGGAAAUGUUUCAUCAGCUGCAUUGCCUCAAUAUUAUACGCCAAGCGACCUGGCCGACGGACAUGUACGACAAGGGCUGGGGUGAAGAGCUCCAGCCGAUGAACGUUUCCGAGAGCCAGGGUCGCGCACAUGUCGACCAUUGCGUCGAGACGCUGCGGCUGUCGCUCAUGUGCUUUGGGGACGUGACGCCGAUGCUGCUGUUGACCCAGGACGGGACGCUCAACACCAGCACGGCGGAUUUCAACGUGCACCACAAGUGUCGCAACUACGAACAGAUACGAGACUUUGUGGAUGCAUCGGCGGUUGAUCCUGUUAUCGCGUAG